AUGGCUGAGUGUGGCAUGCCAUCGUACGCCUCCUUGGGCGACGCAGCAAAUAAAGUUCUGGCUGACGGAGUGGACUAUGAUCGGGCUAAAGUCGAUUUCAAGUACACAGGAUGUGACAAGAACUUCUCAGUGCACUCAGGAUGUGCUAUAGCCACAGACUCAACAUUGGCAUCACAUUGCAUACAAGUUAGUCACCCUGCUGUGGAGAUCGGAGAUGGGAAGAGCUUUUCCUACUCACACGGCUACAACUCUGAUGAGAAUGCCAUGAUGCGAAAGUUCUGCUUUGAAACGGGCGGCGUGCGUGGCAUGCGGCUAAAGGCUGACUUGUCAACACAUGAACUGUUCAAAAUAGACAGAUUUCGACUUCUUGGCUCAGCACAGCAUACGAAAUUCCAUGGCACAGCCGGUGUGGAUGUUGAAGUGGACCGUCAAUGCAGUGGUGUUAGCGGCUCGACAUCUUUCAGGCUAGGUCCGUGUCUGGCUGGCUGCCAAUUCUCGUAUGACCUGCCAUCAAGGUCUUUUCCUGAUCGUCAGAUUGGUGUGUCCUACUCGGAGAAGGACUUCACAGCUAGUGGUUCGCUGCAUACGGGUACAGAUUUCCGUGGAUAUCGCAUGUCACUGCACCAGAGAGUUUCAGAGCGCUUACAAUGUGCUGCUCAGGUUGUCUGGGCCGCUGGUAGUUCAUCAGCAUCGUUCGCACUGGGCGCGGAGGGUACGCUUGACGAUGAGUCCUCACUCAAAGUCAAAUUCAACAACCAAAGUGACUUGGGAGUGACAUACAAGCGCCGCCUGGAGCCUGGUGUGACCUUGUCCGCAGGUGUGCUGUUCGGCUUACAAAGCCUCAGCCUCCCAUCCAUUCAACACUUUGGUGUAGGAUUGACGUUUGAAGCUGAGGGCACUCCUCCAUUCCUGCUGUCGCUGCUGAAGGGCCGCCUCUAG